CAAACCCCUCGUCUCAUUCCACACUCUUCCUUCUUCUUCCUCCUCGCUAUAUUUCUCAUCUCCGAUCAAAAAUGCCGGCUCUGGUCAGCUCAGUCGCCGAUCACACCCGAGUCAUGUGGCGGUGGUGCCUAGCCACCGCCUUAAGAACGGGGCUAGCAUGUACAAUAGUGGGCGUUCUCACUCUCUACGGCCCAGAGUCUCUCCGCCGACAAGUAGCGUUUCCGGCAUUUUCUUACGUCACUGUGAUACUCAUAGUCACCGACGCAACCCUAGGGGACACACUACGCUGCUGCUGGCUAGCGCUUUAUGCGACAGUGCAGAGCCUAGUUCCGGCCGUGCUGAGCCUGUGGUUGAUUGGGCCGGGGCGGUUUACGAGUGGGACGACGGCGUUGGCGGUAGGUUUAGGUGGUUUUGUGGUGGCGCUGCCGGAAGGGACGCAUUUGAUAGCGAAAAGAAUAGCGUUAGGGCAAAUAGUGAUAGUGUACGUGAUUGCUUUUAUUAAUGGCGUUGAGACGGAAGCUGUGGCGCAUACUCUGCAUGUUGCUGCCAGUACUGCCAUUGGAGUUUUGGCUUGUGUUCUUGCUUUGAUCUUGCCUUAUCCACGACUCGCUUGCUGGGAGGUAAAAGAUAAUUGCAAACUGCUUGCUGAAAAUGUUUCCGAGAGACUGAAGCUAUAUGUGAAGGCAUUCUGCGAAAAAGAUGGUGCAUUAGCUUUAUCAUCUCUUGCUCAGGCUAAAUCCCUCACUAUUUCUGGAUCCAAACUUCUGCAGAUUAUCAAACGAUACCAAGGAAGCGUGAAAUGGGAGAGACUACCAUUCAACUUUUUGAGACAUUAUUACACGAAUCCCGGACAGAAAUUACAAGAACUCGAAACUCCAUUGAAAGGAAUGGAAAUAGCUUUAACUGAAAUCUCCGCACUUCCAAUAAAAAUGACAGAAGCAGAAAGCAAACAGAAUCUAAAGUUAUUAGAUGAACACUUGACCCUUACACUAAAACAAAUCAAGAAUUGUGAUUCUUUAACUGUUCCUCAAUCAAAUGUUGAAGCCAUUAAUGAGUCCCUCCAAACACUUCAAAUAAUCCCACAAACCACCCAAAAUUUACCCUCCUUGUUCUUCUUAUUCUGCAUUAAACUCCUCCACUGCAAACCAAUAUUUCUCAAACCGAAACCAGCCUCGGAAAAUGAGAAAUCAACCGCUGAUUCUUCGAGCAAGAACCCGAAUCGUUUCUUUAACAUCUUCCAGAGCAUUUUAGCAGUGAAUUCAAGGCCGAAAAGGCUUAUGCCAGCGUUAAAAUGUUCGCUUUCGUUAGGAUUAGCGAUUCUAUUCGGUUUAUUAUACAGUAAAGAAAAUGGUUUCUGGGCUGGAUUACCCGUAGCAAUUAGUCUAGCUGCAUCGCGGGAGGCGACAUUUAAAGUAUCGAACGUUAAAGCACAAGGGACGGUUUUAGGAACUGUCUAUGGAGUGUUGGGAUGUUUCGUUUUCGAGCGAUACUCGCCGGUAAGAUUUUUAUCUCUUCUCCCAUGGUUCAUUCUGACCAGCUUUUUACGACGGAGCAAAAUGUACGGUCAAGCCGGUGGCAUUUCGGCUGCUAUAGGUGCCGUACUAAUUUUGGGUCGGAAAAAUUUUGGACAGCCAAGUGAGUUUGCUAUAGCUAGAAUUACUGAAACUUUUAUUGGAUUAUCUUGCUCAAUUAUGGUGGAGCUUUUAUUACAACCAACGAGAGCAGCUUCUUUAGCUAAACUUCAACUUACUAAAAGUUUAGGGUUUAUGUCUACUUGUAUUGACUCAAUAAGCCUUGAAACUGGUACAAACAAAGGUUAUUUGCUUAUAGAGAAUCAAAAGAAGCUAAAAUUUGAAGUUGGUGAGUUAAAUAAAUUUAUUGGAGAAGCUGAUGCAGAACCCCACUUCUGGUUUUUGCCUUUUCAUAGUGGUUGCUAUAGUAAGCUAAUUGGGUCAUUGUCAAAAAUGGUGGAUCUUCUACUUUUUAGUGCCCAUGCUAUUGGGUUUCUUGAACAAGAAUCAACAAAAUAUGGGGUUUCCUGGAAGGGGUAUUUAAGUAAAUUAGAUGGUGAUCUUGAACUUUUUAAAGAAAUGGUUGGUUCUUUAGUUAAAUGUUUAGAGGAAUUCACUUUAGUGAAAUCCUUGGCAAUUCUUGAUAAGGAGUUGGAGAAAAACAAAAUUUCUUUUGAUAUCGAGUCCGGAUCAAAUUCGCCCGGCUCGAAGAUUUUUGUUUCGGGAUUAAAGGAAAAUGAUGAGAUCAAGAAAAUUAUUGAAUCUUUUCUUCAACAUUCAAAGGAAGUUGUUGAUGAGUUGCGUGCGGUUGAAGAUAAGGAGGGGAAAGGUGAAAUGGUGUUGUAUUUGGGUGCUUUAGGGUUUUUCAUGAACAGUUUAAUAAAAGAAGCAAGAGAGAUUGAGAAGGGAAUUCAGGAACUUCUUCAAUGGGAGAAUCCGGGAAGAGAUAUUAAUUUGUAUGAAAUUUCAUGUAAAAUAAGUUCUUUAUACAAUUGAAUGUAUAAAAUGUUAUUUAUAGAAAAUCAUGUGCUUCAACA